AUGUCACUGCACUCGCCGUCCCUUGGCCCGUCCUCCCCUUCGCCCUCCUCGUCAGCAGUGACAAUUCCCAUCCCCGGAAAGUCGAUUCUCAAAAAGCCCCCACCAGUCCAAGCAUCGUUUAUUUCCCGUAUCAGUCGGUUCCUGCCUGUUGGCGACAAGACCCAGCCCGAAACGGCUGGGAAGGAUGGCGGAAAAGAGGGUGCAACAGACGAAAAUGCUCGCGUGUUACGACGAGCCCAUUUUAUACUUCCGGAGCUGGCAGUUGUCUAUCCGAUCUCAUCCGUCGCCCCACCGUCCACACCACAACUACGCGAAGAGAAGCGGGCAAUAGAGGACAAGGAACGGGAGAGGCGGAGAAGGGUUCUGCGAGCGAAUAGCGUCAGUACCGCCAGCAGCACUGACAGCGCUAGCAUCUUGACCGCGGGAAGUGGGGAAGAUUCAGAAUGGUGGGCAAUGGACAAGGUCGAGAGCUUUUACCGAGAGUGCUGCGAAGGAUGUCAAGAGUCUCCGGACAAAGGCAUCGCUGCUGCCCUUAAAAAUGCGCCGCCCACAAAUCCCAGGACUGUCGACUUUUCAGGCGUGCAGCUCACAUUUACCAGUGCUUCAAUUCUGGCAGACGUCCUUAGCAUCGAAUGGGGUUUACGCAAAGCAGUUUUUCGGGAAUGCGACCUUGACGAAAUUACUCUUAAACCCAUUCUCCACUCUCUUCUCAUUCCGCGAACCCUCUCAUACCUCAGCAUUGCGUCCAACCGACGUCUCAAGGGAAACGCUUGGAAACUCCUUGGUGCAUAUUUGACCAAGGCUUCCGACCUGCAAUUUCUGGAUGUUUCACAAAAUCCUUUGGACAAGAAAGCAGUUGAAUAUGUUGUCUCUGCUCUGGCUGAAUAUACUCCGACAGUCGUCAGCUCUUCCGCUGCCUCUAUGCUAUCAUUCGACUCAUUCUCCAUCGACGGUCGGGAUAGAGAUGAAAGGGAUGCUGCAUCCAGGAGCGAGGCUCGCUACAGUCUGGGUUAUGGGCUCGACGACUCGAGGGAGAAGUAUCGCAAUGUCACCGGAAAGCGUGGUUUGGUGUCAUUGAAGUUGGACGAUUGCUCUCUCCGUGCUGCCGCACUGGAAACAUUAUGUCGAGCUGUUCGGACUUCCAGCUUGCGCAACAUCUCCCUGCGACAUAAUCGUAUUUCUCCCACUGGAGCAGUCGCGUUAGCCCUUAUGAUUAGGGACUACCCCGAUGUACUUGCCGCACCCGCGUCCGCAACAGCAUCACCUACAAUAGCUCAUUCACCAUUACCAUCUGGCACACCAACCAGCAGUGUCAACAGCUCGCCAAUGCAUUCCCCAAUUCUACCUCAUGCUCCAACUCCGCUUCCCACGGGAGGCAAAUCCGUCCCUCCUCCUCGUCAUCCCUCCCAGACGAUUACAGCGGCCCAGACUACAUAUACCCCAUAUGUACCCAGGCGGCGACUACAGACCGCAGCACCAAAUCCAAACAUCAGUUCAGCCCCCCCAGGUAGACCUGUUGUCGCAACGAGUGUUCAAGGAGGUGUGACUGCUCGUCACGUGCCCGACGCAAUGAAGGACGCGCAGAAAGAGCGAGAGCGGGAUGGUCCAAGUGCUGCGCUGCUGGAUAAGGUUCGCGCUCUUGAUGCUCUGCCCAGAGUUGGUGCAUUAAGGACGUUGGAUCUGAGAGGCAAUGACCUGCGGACUGGGAUCACGUAUAUUGCCCAAGUUCUGAAGCGGAAUCGCACUUUGAAAGUCCUCAAUCUAUCCGAAAACAAACUCGACGUGACAUGUCUUGUUAGUCUCGCGGAGGCUCUGAAAUAUAACUCGAGUUUGGAGACUUUGGAUCUAUCACGAAACCCCUGCUCUGGGCCUGGUCUUGAGGGAAUUCAAUCAUUACGCACUGCUUUCACUCUCAACACCGCUCUAAAAAGAUUAUUCCUCAGUUCAACAGGGAUGUCUUCACCUGGUGCAAUCGCUCUAGCCGAGUUCUUACCUGAAAGCGCAUCAUUACUUCAUCUCGACCUCACAGAAAACUCUCUGGGCCUUGCUGGCGUGCUGGCACUAAGCAAAGGCCUCGAAGCCAAUUUCGUGAUGCGCUGUUUGGACCUCAACAUCCCUCCCGGUGACGAAGAGUGUGCACGGCUUUGUCGCGACAUUCUAAACGCCUGCGUUCGGAAUACAGAAGAGGCAGAGCGCAACGCUCAUCGAGGAAUGUUUGGUGGAUCGGGUUCCCAAACUCCUAUUGACGGCGUGAAUGGUCACGCCCAUGGAGUGAAUGGGUCGACCCAUACAUCCAGUGGCCGAGGGUUGGGCAAAGGAGUCUGGGGUCUAAUUGAAGACAGUGAGCUUGCGAAAAGCAUUCGGCUGGAUGAAGAGAAAAGGCUCGAAGGUGAUCCUCUCGUUCGAGCCAAGUCUUGUGUUUCCCAACUCGAAGGAAUGUUUGCACCACCCUCCGCCUCCGUGGCUGCGCCAUCUGCCGCAACACAUGCCGCCUUGGUUAAGCAAGCCCGUGAAUUGACACAUGAGUUAGGCUCUCUCAUUCAAGCGACCGAAGAUCCAACACGGAUGGAGGAGUUGUUGGAUGUCAAUGAUGCAUUGACUACGCUUAUUGCGCAUGGGCCACCACCCGCCGUUCGCCCAGCGUUGACUUUGCAGGGUCUGGGUAUCAAAUGGACUUCCUCAGUCCAAAUACCGCUCCCUGAAGUGACCCAACUCUCCGAGCCAGAUAGUAGUAGCCAUCAGGGUGAUGGAGAACAUACGCCAACCACGCCGCGGAUAGACAAGGGCAAAGCACGAGCUAUGCCAGAACCCGAAGAACCAGAGAAGGUGCUGAGUCCAACAUUGAUGUUGGCCGAAGACAGCGAUGAAGAAGGGAGUGUAAUUCAUUUCUCGCCUGUAGACCAGGCAGACGCGUCAGCCGAUGCAGCAGCAGAAUCACCUACCAACCGUUCGAGGAGUUGGGUGGAAGAGGAAGGAGAGGUGUUCCGAAAGGGCAAUGUUCUUUUGGGCCCAGAGGAGAUGGAAGGCGAAUAUGCGGGAGACGAAUUGCGGAAAGAGCUUCUGGAAGCGAUGGUUGAGCGGCCACCUCCGCGUCCACUAACUCUCGCCGACUCAUUUGGCAUUGAACACCCCGUUCCAGACCAGCCACAACCAGAAGAACAACCGCCUCCGGUAUCACCCAAACCGUCACCUUCCCCAGCGGCUGAUAAAUUACCUCCACGACCUUACGUGUCUCGGUCGCGCUCUGCUUCAUCGUCCAUCAUGAGCAUGCUCUCCCCUACCGUUUCUUCUUUUGCCCCCAACAGCACCGAUAUCCCAGAGGGACAGGCGAGUCCAAGAACACCGUCGAGUCCUGCUCCCCCAUCACCCUUGCCAAAUGGCACGCGACCAUACCUCGCACGGACUCGGUCAUCUACUCUCGACAAUCGGUGA